AUCCCAGCCAGUGUGUAUCCGAUAGCAGAUGGGACUGAAAUGACUGCGAUUGGUUGGGGCGAUUUGUAUGCUGGAGGUCCUGCCCCGGAGAUCCUGCAAGAAGUCCAGCUCAACAAAGUGAACACGCCAGUUUGCGCCGAACGCUACACAGCCCUCAACGCUACAUUAACUAGCCCGUUACCUACAGUUACUGAUAGAAUGAUAUGCGCUGGCACCGACACCGGCGGCAAGGGUACUUGCAACAGAGACUCGGGAGGUCCCCUCAUAUUGAAUGACGACAUCGUAGUUGGUGUCGUCUCGUGGGGUUACUGCCCUGAUACAUCGUACCCCGGUGUCAACUCACUCGUCAGUGCCUAUAGUGAAUGGAUUGUUGAAAAUGCUUCUUAGAUACGAUUCUUCUGCCCUAUAUAAAUAAACACGGAAUAAUGUGUAA